CUGUGAUAUACUAAUAAAGUUCCACUAAUAUGUUUGUUUUCCAAAUUUAAUUGAUUUUAUUAUCUCGACUGCACCGUUUAAUCACCUUCGUGUCUUCUUUUUCCUACGUGUCAUUGGCGAAAUAAUGUGCCUGGUUGGCACAAUUAAAAGCCAUUAAGACAAAAAAUGAAUCGAAUUGAAUUUACUUUUUAACUGUUUUACUAAUUUAAGGUUUAUUUGUAUCCUUCCGUCCAAAACAAUCGAUUGAAAUAGGUUUUUAGUUCGUAGAAGUAGUAAAAAAUUAAAAUGACUAACAUCAAAAUUAUCGCUAAAGUUUUCGGAGGUUGUUGUUUAAAUGCUUUUUUAAUGGAAGUAUUGAUGGCGAGAACACCACAGAGUGCUAAUUUAGUGACGUUUCUCCAAUUCGUCUUCAUAACUUUACAAGGUUUUAUAUCAUUAAAAUCUACAGUGUUUAAACCGAAAAUUCCUUUAAGGCAAUAUUUUUUAUUAACAUCAAUUUUUUUUAUUACUAGUGUAGCUAAUAAUUAUGUGUACGCUUUACAAGUGCCUUCAACCCUUCAUAUGAUUAUAAGAUCUGCAUCAUCAGUAGCCAGUAUGUUAGUGUCUUGGUAUGUAAAAAGAAAAAGACCAAGAACGAAUGCCAUGAUCGGUUCAGUGAUAAUCAGUAUUGGAGUUUCACUUGCAACAUAUGGGGGUGCCACAGUAGUUGACGAUAGAACAGGAAAGUUUUUGCACUGGUGCUUAGGAGUAUCUAUUCUAUUAUCUAUGUUAAUAGUUGGUGCUUUUGUCGGUUUGCAACAAGAGAUAUUAUAUAAUAAAUAUGGAAAGCAUCCCGAAGAGAUGCUCUUCUUUUCUCAUUCAUUACCACUGCCUUUAUUCUUAGGAAUUUCUAUACAACUCUACAAUACAGUUUUUACUUUGACAUCUAUGUGUUGGUCAAUACUUGCAAUGAAUAUUUUAACACAAUUCUAUUGCACACAAUCCGUCCAUGAAUUAGCUACUAAGGAAACAUCUUUGACUGUGACAUUUAUAUUAACGUUAAGGAAGUUUGUCUCUCUGUUAAUUUCAUCUGUAUUUUUUGAGAACAAUCUGACAAUUCUUCAUAUUAUAGGGACAGUACUUGUUAUCACAGGAACAUAUUUUUAUUUUGAUUUUUUUACUGAGAGAAAACAAAAGCCAGUCAAUAUUAAUGAUAGUAGAUACAAAACAAAACAGAAAACUAUUUAAUAAGCAUUACUUUUAUAUAAUAUAUAUGAAGUUAUUUAAUUAAAGAAUAUUACAGUUAUAUAGGUCUGGCUGCUAAAUAAAUUUUAAAAUAUAUUUUGAAUGUUGACGUUAUUUGUAAUAAGAAUUUUAUGAAAAAAAUAAAACAAUUAUAGAAAAUCUCGCAUUUACUUUCUUUAUUUACUUAAUAGUAUUUAACCUAUCAUCAAGAGAAUAGUGAGUGCUGACUGAUUCCUUAAAUUUAUUGAAUUUAUGGCUAUACAAAAAUUAAGAUUUUACAAAUAAAUGAAGACUAAAGCUGUAGUUACACUAUCUCUCAAUACACGCACAAACUCAAUACACUUUCAUCACUAUAAUAUACAGUUCCUCAAAAUUGUCCACAGUUAUCACCAAUGUUCAUAACUUCAUGUUUAGUAUCUGAAAAACAAAUUCAUCUAUAAAGAUCUGCUUGUUACAAUGUAAACAAUUUUGUUCUUAAUGAAAUAUGGUGCACAAAACUACAAAAACAAAGUGAAAUUAAAAAAAAAAAAAAAUCAAAAUAUACUAAGUCACAACAGUUAAUACCUGUUAUUGAUAAUAAGUUGU